UCCAGCAGUGUUCCACUUUCACGGAAGAACAAGACCGCGACAACUAUUGACGUCAUCACGCAGAACGUGUAGCUCUGAAGCAACAUCAUGGCUUUGAAUGGAGAUGAGGAAGACUUUGAGUGGGAGCCUCCGAGUGAAGCGGAGAUGAAGGUGAUCCAAGCUCGCAGGGAGCGACAGGAUAAAAUCAGCAAACUGAUGGGAGAUUAUCUUCUGAAAGGCUACAAGAUGCUGGGAGAGUGCUGCGAUGUGUGUGGGACUAUUCUCCUUCAGGACAAACAGCAGAAAAACUACUGUGUCUCAUGUCAGGAGCUGGACUCUGAUAUUGACAAGGACAACCCUGCUCUGAAUGCUCAGGCUGCUUUGUCUCAGGUGAGAGAACGGCAGCUUGCAGCUCAGUCUCCUCCACCGACCCAAGCCGCUCAGCUCAACGGGGGGGCCAGCAGCAGCCAGUCAGGUGGGUCGGUUCCUCAGCCCAGACCAGAGCACUGCGAAGGAGCYGCCGCCGGAGGCCGAGCCCUGCUGCCUCCGCCCGCCGUCCCGCCCCCUCCAGCUCCCGCCCCCACCGCCACGCUGGCGCCCAUCCGUCCUCCCGUCCCUCCGCCGAGCUCCGCCCUCCGACCUGUGCUGCAGGAGGCCGAGGAGGCGGUGCUCACCAAACUUCGCUGGGCCACCACCCAGCUGCAGAGCUCGGCCUCGCUGGAGGUGAGCACUCAGCUCUGCGGCCUCAUCACCAGCUGUGCCAACUCGCUGCGCAGCCUCAAGGAGCUCAGCCAGUAACCACGGCGACGGACUGCUCCAAACCGAGGAGUGACGGGAGCCGUGUUUUUACUCCCUGCUGCUUUGGAGCGUUGACUUUGGGUUAGCUUCUUCUCUCUGCCUGAAUCUUUGCUUAAAGAUGAAUUAAAAAAUGAUUUAAAAAUGCACUUGAAAUAGGUUCAGAAUGUUAAAAGUGCACAAGCUGCUUUUGGAUUCAUUUCGGCAUGCAGCUGGCAGGAAUAUGACGUGAUUGUGUUUGUAAGUUAUAAUUACAAUUAUUUGUUAAAGCACAUUAGCUUCCUGUUGUAAUUUUAGAAUACAUACAUGUUAAGUUGUACAGAUGACACAGUUUUCCCACCAUUUUGCAUGUAUACAGAUGUGUAGAGAAGAUCUCUUUCAAAAACUUAGCUUCAAAUUUAUUUUCCCUCUCAGAGCCGGCCUGUAAGGAAAGGCUAAGUUUGCUCCCUAAACCCCACUAGACUACCUGCUAGCUCUGCAGAUGCCUCCCCGUAGAUUUUCUUUUAAUGAAAUUUACACAUUUCUGAAGGUAAAUUAGCAGAUAAAUUUCUGGCAGCGUUGACAUGUACGACAAUACCAUUAAAAUAUUUUAAACAAUGUUCAGUCUUAUUAACCACAAAGAAAAUGCCCAUUUUUUUAGUUCUCCUUUUUCUAUCGAAUUAACCUAAAAUAUUGGUUCUUUUUUAAUAACAAUAAUAGUAAAAAUCUCAAGAUGUUAAGUUUUUAAGCCCUUGAAUUCCUGUGCACAAAUGUGAAUAUUGAGUUUGCACAUAAGUCCAUGUUGGUGGCGAACAACGAUGAGCGGUUUUAGACCUGAUGUAUGAAAAAAGGUUGUGUGGUUCAGUGAUGCCGAGGAUUACUGCUGCCCUUUUUUUACAUUUUAUUUAGAAAAACUCCCAGUGUUGUACAUGUUUUAGAAAGAUUGCAUUUUAGAAAACCUAAUUCCAGUGUUAAAGCCGUUUUGGUUGUUUUUAUGCACCUGAAUAAAUUUUCAACUGUUCA